AUGGAGGCAGAGGAGGUCGUGGUGGCCAGAUUCGUGGAGGUGGAGGUGGAGGAAAUUUCAAUACUAGGCCGACUAAUAAAAACGACAAAAAUGUGUAUAUUAAUCUUAUCGACUUUCUGCGCACGAAUGAGCAGUUGCCAAUGGUGGUAUUCGUUUUCUCGAGGAAGAGAACACAUCAUCGCAUUAAGAUGUGACGACAACGCACAGCUGCUACAGUCGAUGGACCUUACGACGGAGGUGGAAAAAUCCCAUAUCCAGAACUUUUUCUCACAAUGUAUCAACAGGCUGAAAGGAUCAGACAAAAAACUGCCCCAGGUGAACUCGAUGCGAGAUCUGUGUCUCAGAGGGUUUGCUGUGCAUCACAGUGGUAUCUUACCAAUUCUCAAAGAAGUCGUUGAGCUUUUAUUCCAGAAAGGAUAUGUGAAGAUGGCUGGACGUGCUGGCCGAAGAGGUUUAGAUACGACUGGCACAGUUAUCGUACUGUGUAAGCAGCCGAAAUUGGUGGAACCUGGCCAGCUGCAGACUAUAAUGAUGGGUAAACCAGCACCUUUGGUUUCUCAGUUUCGGGUUACAUACUCGAUGCUGCUAAAUCUGCUUCGAGUUGAACAUUUGCGGGUGGAAGAUAUGCUGCAGAGAUCGUUUGUAGAAUGUGUUGCUCUCCGUGAAGGUCCUUCGAGGAAAACUAAUCUGGAGAAGGCACAAGAACACCUGUCCACACUACCUAAGACAGAAUGCCAAAUGUGUGAACCUUCCGAAGCUACGAUUUCUCCCAUCCGUCAAUUCCACGACGUUUUAGUUGACUUCAUCGAGAAAAGAGCUGAGCUUUGGCUACGCUUAGCAGCAGUGCCAAGUAUGGAUAAGAAACUCAAAUGUGGCCGAGUUCUGCUUGUAUCCAGUGCUCAACAUCAGUUGCAAAAUCAACUUGUCCUUCUUAUCAAGGACUUUCUGGGAGAUGGCAAACGGUCAUUCCAAGUGUUGGUUCCUUGUUUCGAAUCCGAGUCAAUUCCCGAUGAGCAAAAACGGAAAAGCGAUGAGUUUGCGCGACUGCCAAAAGAGGAACGCUAUUGGCUGGAAGAAACUUGUAUGCUAGAGGGAUCUAUUCGUUACGGGAUUGAAGCAGUGGCCAAUCUGGCAAUGGAUGGACAGCGAGGACAGCGCUCAUUCCGUAUGGUGAAUGAUCUCCCCAUAUCAUCGCUACUUGGAGUGAGCAAGAAGACGUUCAAAGUUGACGUGGCGGAGGUGCUUUCGGAAGCAAGAUCGAGGGAAAUACCCCGCCUGAGGUAA